UUGAUAUACAAACCAUGGAGAAGAGUUUCUUGUCUGAAUACAAACGAUCUUCUUCUCUCACUUUCCUUGCUCUCUUCAACCUGUUCCUGAUCAAAUUUGGCAGAUGGGUUUCUACUACUCGCAUCUUUUUAUUCAGAUUAUUUCCUCUUCUUCAACACCAACAACGUGUUUCACACAAACACGAGAGUUUGACCAAACAAGGCAUAGAAGAAGAAGAAGAAUAUGAUGAUCUCUGUAGAGCAGAUAUAGAAAUGGUUAUGAGAACCUUAGGACUUUCUCCCGACCAAGAAAGUGACAAGCUUCAAGAACGCUACAGUUCCAAGGAGAUUUCAAGUUUGUUCGAAAGUAACGAAGCGAGCUUGGAGGAAGUGAAGCAAGCUUUUGAUGUGUUCGAUGAAAAAGAGAGGCGGUCAUCGACGCUACAGAGUUUGCAGAGAGUUUUGACUAUCUUAGGAUUUAAAGAAGGAUAUUUCCUAGGGAAUUGCUCGGCUAUGCUCAGAUCAGUACAUGAAAACAAAGAUGGAAGGAUCGAUUUUAACGGAUUUGUGAAAUUCAUGGAGAAUAAUAAUAGCUUAUGAUAAGUCAUAUGAUUAAUCUCUUAAUAUUAAGAGAAUUUGUACUCCCUACACACAACUUCCCCUUUAUUUUUUAGUCAAAAAAAAAAAAAAAAAAAAAAAAAAACUUCCCCUUUAUUUGCACUUGAUACCUUAUUUCUCUUCAAUUUUUUUCCUCCAUCAUUACCAUUUUCCCACAAUUCAAUGGUAUCCCACUCUUUUCAGUAUAUUGAGCUAAUUUGCUCAUAUUAAUCUAUUCUUUUGUUCCCUUAAAAAUGUCUUUGCUUCUUCGUUCUUAUGUUUUUCUUUAACUUCCUGGGAUGAUUUUUUUAUGCUAAAACUCUCAUCGUAUGUCAAAUAUUAUUCAAACUUUCAUGA